AUGGCAGGCUACGAUGCUGCAACGAGCGAACGACCGUCUCAGACGACCGUCAAUCCUACACCGAAGUCUGUCAGAAUGUGGGACGUUUUCCGUCCGCACAUCCUGGAUUGGGUCGUCUUCGUCCUCAUCACCGCGGGGUCCAUCGCCCUUGACUCCGUUCAUCCCUUCCAGCAAUUCGUUAACGCCGAUUACAUGCAAAAGUACAUGUACCCGUUAAAGCCCGACUCCGUACCAUUUUGGGCCGUUCCGGUGUACGCGUUUGGGUUUCCAUUGCUGGCGAUGACCGUGUCAUUCAUCCUACGCCGCGACUUCAUCGACUUCCACAGCUCGCUGCUAGGUUUCGUGUUCAACUGUGCGACCACCUUCCUGCUCACCAACGCGCUCAAGGUCUCCAUUGGCCGGCCCCGGCCACACUUCUUCAUCGUCUGCUUCCCCUCGGGCGUUCCUGUCUACGGCAGUGACAGCAACGCGCAGUGCAACGGCUCGUCCUCCAGUGUCAUGGAGUCGAGAGUCAGCUUCCCCAGCGGCCACACCUCCAUGUCCUUCUCGGGUUUGACCUACGCUGCGCUCUUCCUGGCAGCCAAGCUGCAGGCGUUCAGCGCACGAGGGAGGGGGCAGCUGUGGCGGCUGGUGCCGUCGGCAUGCUGCCUGGCAGGCGCUGCUUCAGUGGGCAUCACUCGAAUCGACGACUACUGGCACUUCCCUUUUGAUGUGUUCAUGGGAGGGUUGAUAGGCGCUGCUUCCGUGGCCAUCACUCGAGUUGACGACUACUGGCACUUCCCCUUGGACGUGUUCAUCGGAGGGUUGCUAUAG